AUGAUCAAGGCCAACUGGACUUCAAUGAGUGGAUUCCUCCUCAUGGGCUUUUCUGAUGACCCUAAGUUUCAGAUCGUACACGCAGUGCUCUUUUUGGGGAUAUACCUGCUGGCCUUGUCAGGCAACCUCCUCAUCAUCAGCAUCAUUACCUUGGACCAUCGUCUCCAUUCUCCCAUGUAUUACUUCCUAAAGUACCUCUCCUUUCUGGACCUCUGCUUCAUCUCUGUCACUGUCCCUCAGUCCAUCGCGAACUCACUUACCAACAAUGGGUACAUUUCUUUUGGUCAGUGCAUUUUUCAAGUUUUCUUUUUCAUAGCUCUGGCUUCAUCGGAAGUGGCCAUCCUCACAGUGAUGUCUUAUGACCGGUAUGUGGCCAUAUGUCAACCAUUGCAUUAUGAGGUCAUUAUGAAUCCCAGUGCUUGUAGACGUGCGGUGGUCGCUGUGUGGGUUGCUGGGGGCAUUUCUGGGCUCCUACACACAGCUAUUAAUUUCUCCAUACCUCUCUGUGGGGACCGAGUUAUAUAUCAAUUCUUUUGCGAUAUUCCUCAGAUGCUGAAACUAUCCUGCUCCAAUGAUUUCAUCAAUGAGAUUGCAGUGGCUGCAUUCACAACCUCUACAGCAUUUGUCUGCUUGAUUUCUAUUGUGCUCUCUUACACCCGCAUCUUCUCCGCUGUGCUGAAAAUCCCAUCAGCUGAGGGGCGAUCGAAGGUCUUCUCUACCUGCCUACCUCACCUGUUUGUGGUAACUUUCUUCCUCUUGGCUGCAGGUUUUGAGUUUCUAAGGCCGCCUUCAGAUUUUCCAUCAACUAUGGACCUGAUGUUCUCCAUAUUCUAUACUGUCAUACCUCCGACACUCAACCCGAUCAUUUACAGUUUACGGAAUGAAGCCAUGAAGGCAGCACUAAGGAAGGUUCUCUCAAAAGAAGAAUUUGCUCAGAGAAAGAUGUAUUUAAAAGCCAUCUUUAAACUCUAA